UGUGGAAUGGAAUGCAAUGGAAUGCGGAAUAGAAUGGAAUGGAAUGGAAUGCACGGUCGAAUGUAAUGCGGAAUGGAAUGUGGAAUGCAAAGUGGAAUGCAAUGGAAUGGAAUGUGGAAUGGAAUGUGGAAUGGAAUGGAAUGUUAUACAAUAUGUAAUGGAAUGGAGUGGAAUGCCGAAUGGUACCUGGAAAGUAACGUGUAAUGGAACGUGGAAAGGAAAGUGGAAAGUAAUGGAAUGGAACAUUAAAUGGAAUGUGGAAUGGAAUGGAAUGGAAAGUGCAAUGGAAUGUGCGAUGGAAUGGAAUGGAAUGUGGAAUGGAAAGUGGAAUCGAUGGGAACGGAAUGUGGAAUGCCAUGGAAUGGAAUGUGAAAAGGAAUGUGGAAUGGAAUGUGGAACGGAAUGUGGAAUGGAACGUGGAAUGGAACGUCACAUGGAAUGGAAUGGAAAGUGUAAUAGAAAGUGGAAUGCAAUGGAAUGGAACGUGCAAUGGAAUGUGGAAUGGAAUGUGGAAUAUAAUGGUAAGGAAUGUGGAAUGAAAUGGAAUAGAAGGUGGAAUGGAAUGGAAUGGAAUAUCGAGUGUAACAUGAAAUGGAACGUCGAAUGGAAUGGAAUCGAACGUAUUUUGGAACGUGGAAUGGAAUGGAAUGGAACAUGGAAUGGAAAGUGGAAUGGAACGUGGAAAGGAUUGUGGAAUGAAAUGUGGAACGUAAUGGAAUGAAAUGUGGAAUGGAAUGUGGAAUGGAAUGGAAUGGAAAGUUGAACGGAAUGUGGAAUGGAAUGGAAUGCAAUGUGGAAUGGAAUUUUGAAUGGAAGGUGGAAUGGAAUGUGGAAUGGAAUGUGGAAUGGAACAGAAUGGAAUGUGGAAUGGAUUGUGGAAUGGAAAGGAAUUAAAUGUGGAAUGGAAUGUGGAAUGGAAUAUGCAAUGGAAUGGAAUGGAUUGUGGAAUGGUAUGGAAUGGAAUGUUAACCAAUGUGGCAUGAAUUGUGGAUAAGAACGGAAUGGAAUGGUAAGGAAUAUGCAAUGGAAUGGAUGGGAAUGUGGAAUUGAA